AUGACAGUGGACAAAUGCAGGGUCCUCGCUGAGAUUGGCGAGAUUGGAGAAGAUGGUAAAACGCAUCGUAAGAAGAGAGAUCGGACGACGACUUCGACUGAAAUUAGCGGCGGAGGCGACGCUGUAGGUCGUGUGGUGGCAGUGGCGGGGAAGAUGAUUUCUGGCGAUGGCGGGGCAGAUGAUUGCUGGCGGCUGCGACAGGAUGUGGUUGCAUCUGGUUGGUCGUUGCGUCGACGUGACGCGCUAGAUCUCGCCGUUAAUUCCAGUGUGGCGGUGGCAGACUGUAGUGGCUGCAGGUAUGGCGGCAGCGACAACGUUACCGGCGGGUUGAUGGUGGCGACCAUUGAUGUUUCGGCGGGGAUCGUGACCUCUAUUGUGCUCGAGAACCCCUCGCACGUCCAUCUCUCAAUGAUAUGUACCUUAUUCGGAAUCUUAGAAUCCCCAUUGUCUCAAAAUCCUCUAGUAAAUAGAGAACAUAUUCCCCUAAUCACACGGGAUUGCCACGUCACGAUAGCCAAACACCCCACUGAUCAGUUCGGUUACUUUCGAGACGAGGUCCCCAGCCCACUCAUUAAUCCGAGCUAUAAUAAUAGCCCUUAUUAUCGCCGAGCUUAA